AAAUAUAUAUAAUAAAAUAUAAUUAAAAUAUAAUUAUUUAAUUAAAGUAAAAAAUAAUAUAUAAAUAUAUAUUAUAUGUAAUAAUAUAUAUUAUUAUUUUUUAUUUUAAUUUGCAUUUAUAUUUUAAUAAAUAAAAAUUUAUAUAUAAAUUAUUUAUUGAAAAUUAAAGAAUAAAUAUACUUUAAAUGGAAUCUAUUAAUGCGCAUGCACCAAAAGUAAUUUUCGAUUGGUAGAGCAAUGGAUACACGCAUCCAUGAUAGAGAUAGUAGUUAAAAAAGAACGUAACGCAAAGGAGUAGAAAAAGAUAGAAAACGCCAUCUUGCGCACGCAAAGAAGAGUGAGAGAGAUAGAAACCACCGCCAAUAUGAUUACUCGAUCACUUGUUCUCAGUAGUAAAGCAAAGUUGGGUGAGAGGGUCGGUUUGUCGUAUAUUUGGAGCGAAACACAAACUCAAGAAAGAAAUUUUUGUUUGUUUUCACAUAUAUCGUAAUUGUAAAUAAUAUUUUGUGCCACCAAAGAAUGGCAACUACCAAAGACGACAGCACCGAUAGCGUGCAAUUUUUUGAAGGAGUGGAGAAACUUCUUGAGAUUUGGUUCACAAGCAGCAGCAGCAUAAACAGAAAGCAGGGCGAUCUUAGGCAGAUUCCUCAAUGGAAGUGGCAAUCGUUACUAAAAAUCGUUCGUUGUGAGAUUAUCAGCAUUUGUCGUACUGAGCAUGUAGAUGCUUAUGUUCUCAGUGAAAGCAGCAUGUUCCUAUCAAAACGUAGACUUAUUUUGAAAACAUGUGGCACAACUACUCCUCUUCAAUGUUUGGAGCCUCUUUUGGAACUCAUAAAAGAAUAUACUGGCUUUGAAGAAGUGGAGAAUGUAUUUUAUUCGCGAAAAAAUUACAAGAAGCCAGAAUUGCAAAUAUCUCCGCAUCAAGCAUUUGAAGAAGAAGUUGGCUUACUCGAUACAUUUUUUCCAGGUGGAGAAGCCUAUUGUUUAGGUUCCGUAGAUUCAGAUUGUUGGUAUUUAUAUACUUUGAAUAAAGAGAAGUCUGUUGAUGAACCCUCAGAACCAGAUCAAACCCUAGAAAUCUUAAUGACUCAUUUAGAUCCAGAAAUAAUGGCUCUUUUCACUAGAGAUGUAUGCUCAUCUGCAGAUGAAGCAACUCAAAAAUCAGGAAUUGACAAACUUAUUCCAAAUAUGAUUAUUGAUGAUUUUUUAUUCGAACCUUGUGGAUAUUCAAUGAAUGGAGUAUCUAAAAAUGGAAAUUACAUGACUAUUCACAUCACACCAGAACCAGAGUUUUCAUAUGUCUCAUUUGAGAGUAACAUUCCAGAAGCAUCAUAUGAGGAAAUAAUACGACGUGUAUUGAACACUUUUAAACCAAAAAAAUUUGUUGUAACUGUCUUUGCUAACAAAGAAUCAAUAGCUGCUAGUUGUCCGCGUGAUUUAGAACAAACUGAUUUUCUAAAAUGUUCUGGUGAUUGGCUCCGUACAGAUGUACAAUAUUGUCGUUUCAAGAAUUAUGAUUUGACUUGUGCAUUUUAUUCAAGAUUCCCAAGCUGAGGGUUCAUGGACGCUUCAUUCGGACCUAAUGAAUCAGGAACAAAUGAAGCGCUUAUUAAUAAUUCUUCUUUUUCGCAAACUUCUUUUUCUUUUUUUAAUUCUAUAAAUGAAAAAAACAAAUUUAAUCAAUCUAUAAAACAUAUAUUAAAACCUACAAAUAUUUACAAAAAACAUAAUCUUGUAUCUACUCAAUAUAUAAAACAUAAUAAUGAAACAAAUCUUAAUGAA